CUUCACAUUAACAAUAUAGAUUCAUCUGUAUUAUUAAGUUGAAAAUUCUGUUAUUUCAAAAUUGUUACAUGUAUGUAACCAAUUAGCAAUGCCUUUGCACCUGGUGAUUAAUGGCCCGUGUUAAAAGCACUUUAUUUUUUAGGUAAAGUGGGGGUUUUUUUAGAUUAAAAAGUUGGGUGAUCAUUCGGUUGGAAACAUAAAUUACGUAAGCAAUACCCUAACACGUGACUAUACACGUUUUCAUUUUUAAAAAAAUGCAAAAUGUGUUUUUUUAACCUGCUAAUUCUUAGUAUUUAAACGGAAACAUCAUUUCCCGCCAAAAUCAUUCACUGUUUGGAAACCAGAAAGUGAGUGAAGAGAAUGCAAAACCAAACCAGUAACGUGACAACUACUGAGCCUGCUCCAUCUUCGACUAGUGAACUUUGCAAGGAAUAUACAAAUGCAAUAUUUUAUGAUAUUGGAAUGCCUCUUUAUGCGUUAGUAGCGAUACUAAUCAUAUCCCUGUUCGAGAGAAGACGAUACAAAUCUGAUGUUUGUCAUGGAAAACCCGGACUACCACUGCCCAUCAAUUUUCUGGACGGCACAUCAAACUCAGUUGCCAACGCAGCAGCCUUCGGAUGUACUCUGGAAUAUAUUCUAUUUUAUUUGUUUUUUACUAAGUUAUUAGUAAAUAGAUGGUUGACCGCCGUAGUUUUGUUUCUUCUGACGUUCCUAGCCGCACUGGUGUUUUAUCCCAUCUUCGCCUGUUUGAACUCGUCAUCAAGAGUAUUUGGUUCUCUCGUCGGAUUUCUCUAUACAUUACUGUUGACAUCUGUUAUGUUUGCAAGAAGUUACAUAUGUGAUGUAUCGAGAUGGCACUGGGCUCUGUAUGCUGUUACGCUUGUCAGUGAAAUCUACAUCAUGAUUUUGUUUGUCUACCGAUUUUACACAGCCAUAUUUAAAAAAUCCAAAUUUCACAAAGAAGACCUAGUAAAGAUUGACCAAGUUUUGCAUGUUAAGAAACUUUUGGUGGCACCCAAAUCUAAUAUAGAGGAAAACGAUAUUAGACAAAGAAUUGUUUCGUAUUCGGAGACCGUUUUGGCAGAAGCAAAGCUAUGUUGUCUUCACAAAAGCCUGUAUCGGUGUACAACAAGGACUCUUGCCAUCAAUACCAUUGUUAUACUUGUGUUCUACUCGAAUUUUCUAGCGACGAUUUAUCUAGGAGAGAUAUUUGAGAGUUUGUUGUCGAAUUUGGCGGAUCUUGUCUUUAAUAUUUCAAUGAAUGUUCACGAACAGAUUGUCAUUUUAUCGGACGUCAUUAGAGUGUCGUUGAUAAUCAGCAACAUCACAUCAGCUGUUUAUCUGAUAACCAACAUGGUCCUUAUCUACCGGUCUCAGAGACAACAUCUCAUGAAAAGAUGGAGAGGAGACAAAUCUUUUAUUCCCAGUCAAUGCAAACUUGAUCACUCAGAAAUGCUGGUAAAAAAUCUAAUGUAUGCAGGACACCAGGUUUCAUAUCUUAUUGCAGGUUACGUUCUUUUCCAAUCAGUGGUGAUUGUGUUUUGCAUCCUGUUAUCUUACUUUUGUAUUUUGCCAAUAAUGAAAAAGGUUCCAGAAGUGUUUCUGACACCACUGGAAUUUGUUUUACCUGGUGUGAUCUUUUUGUUUGUCCUGAGAUUCAUUCUUCGAUUCAUCAGUAGUCGUGUGUUCCUACAAAAUCAUUAUCUAAGUUCUGACAAUGAAAAGCACUGGGAAAAGGCACUGGCUCUGGAUAACAGACGGGUAUACCAGAACUUGUCAUUUUUCCUGUUUUUCUACUAUAUCCUGACUGGGUUGUACCGAUGUACAUUCCGUGUCCUGACUUCUAUCUGUAUUAAUUUAUUCUACAUUGCACGUAUGGACAAACCAUUACUGAUUCCUGGGUUUGAGCGUUUUGACAUAGGGUACAUGACUUACCUUGGAUUCUUGGAGGUCGAGCUUCAUCAAUGUCACCCAGUAGUUGUUGUCUGCUGUAAUUUGCUGAUGAAAUCUGCGAGUCCUCUAUCAUCUAGCCAGGACAUAAGCUUAGAGUCACCUAUGGGGGCAUGUAAGAGAAAUAAAAUGUCCAAAAUGUACACACGAAGAGUGAGAAACAAGUGGCAAAAGAUUAAGACGUUGAUCUUUAACCAGAAUCUUUGUAAUGAAUCGAAAUCAAAUGUUUCUUUUCUAACGCCACGUCCAGCAAAGUUGAAUUUGGUUCAAUAAAAUGCUCUAAUCAUUAUUUUGCCACAAAUUCAAUUUACUUUGGAUGACCAAUUGUUUAGUCUGUACUUUUCACUAUUUUGUUUGUAUAAAGGGUUUUGAUGUUUAAACAGUAAUUAGGUAAACAUCUCUGUGAAUGUGUUCAAAUUUUAUAGAUAUUUUGAAUCUGUUCUAUUUUUCAGUAGCUUUACAGUGUAUGUUCAUUAUUUUAUGUUCAUAUUGUUUUAUGAAGGAAACCUGUACCCUGCAAAAAUGUUAUUGUUGCAUUAUUUUUUUUGGUUAAAAAUCAU